GCAAAGUGAAUCAGUUCAAUUAUCUUCAAUUGCUGCUGUGACGAGUAAGUUUACAUUCACACCAUAUACAUACAUCUACUAGAUAUCGGAAAAUUCAGUAACUAAUAAUGGCCACGAGUUGUAUUCAAAGACCUGCUCUUCAGAGCGAUUCCAGUGCUCUGAACCGCUUCAUGGAAAAAUUAAUGGCGAAAAUAUUUAGGUUCUACGAUGAACAGUCUCUAAUCGAUGUGACAUUUAAAGUUUCAAAUCCAACGGCUCUUGUACCCGCGCAUCGUUUGAUACUCGCAGCAGCGAGUCCUUACUUCGAGAAUAUUUUCAAUAGCGAUCAAGGCAAUAAUCCUAUCAUCGAGAUAAAUGAUGUAGACAGCGAUAUUUUUGAACGUCUAACAACCUUUUGUUACACCGGCCAGGCGCUGAUUACCGUUAACAAUGUCGGUGCCAUGCUGAAAGCGGCAAUCCUAUUACAAUUGGACGAUGCCAUAACAAGGUGUGUGGAGUACCUUAUGGCAAAUAUAAGUGAAUACACAUUACACGAUGCUUAUAUGCUUGAGCGAGAAACCCGAUGUCAGCUUCUUAAGCAGAAAUUCAUUGACUACGAAACAAGGAAUUUCAUGGAGAUCAGCCAAAGCGAUGAGUUUCUGAAUUUUGAUGUUGAAAGAUUUAAAUAUAUUCUGGAAUCUGACAAUUUGAAUAUAACACGUGAGGAAGAUGCUUUCGAUGCCAUAAACCGUUGGUUCAACUACGACGUUCCUGCGCGUGAAGAACAACUGCCGCUUUUAAUAGCUUGUCUCCGGCUUACUCAAUUCGAUGCGGACUUUCUGUUGAGACGCAUACGGCCGUUACCAGGCUGUGAGUUGCUGGCCUUCAAGGCGUUUUCGUGGAUCAGUAAGCCGGAAGCACGAACAAACAUAAACAUGCGAUUUACAGAACCACGUGGGGUCAGCGCAGCAAAUUGUGGUGAGAAAACAUUGCUCGCACUUUGUUGUGUGGAAACAUGGACGAAUUCCAAGCUGCUGCAGUAUAACAAAACUGAGGAUAAGUUGCAGGAAUAUGCGAGUAUAAAUUUCAAUUACCAAUUUCAUAGAACUAUUUUAAAGGAUGAUAAUAUAUUAUUUACUGGCGGUGAAAACAAAGAUGAUGAAACAACAUCCAACAUCGUCCGCAGCUGGAAUAUACGGAAUAAGACAUGGCAAUAUUUGCCCGCCAUGAAACAAGCAAGAAACUCGCACAGCGUUGUUGAAUUAAAUGGUAAAAUAUACGCAAUUGGUGGUUUUGAUGGGGAAAAGCUUCUGUCGUCGGUGGAAAGAUAUACGACUUCUGAUGGUUGGGAGUUCGUGAGCAGCUUAAAUGUUGGACGAUAUGGCGCCAGUACAGUGGCUUUGAAUGGAAAAAUCUACGUAAUAGGCGGUGUAAAGGACUACUUUAGCUUAUUAAAAUCCGUCGAAUGCUACAACCCGGAUUCGAAUACUUGGACUUCGUGCGCGAAUAUGAGAGAAUAUAAGCAUUCACCUGGUGUAGCUGCACAUAAAGGUCACAUUUAUGUUGUUGGCUGUUUCCCUGCAAACGGUACAGUUGAACGGUACGACCCUCAACGGAACACAUGGUCACAGAUUUGCUCUUUAAAUGGUGGCCAAAGUAUUACAUCUUGCGUAUCGCUAGAAAAUAAACUAUGGGCUAUUUUCUCCUCCGGUAACAAAAUAUCUGUAUCAGUCUAUGACGAGGAAAAUGACCGUUGGGAACAAAAGUGCGCAUCACCCGGAACUAAUGUUAUUUCCUGUUUUGUUGUGCCAGUAGCCUUACUGACGUCGAUUGAAUAACCAAUAUUAAUAAAUAUUUUUUUAUAACAAA